CACAUUUGUCAGUCUUGCCGUGAACAUGAAGUUGUUCAUAUUCCUCAUCAGCUUUUCUGUGUCUUUAGCUACUCAAGAUCAAUGUGGAAUUUCUAUAGUCAAUUCUGGAGGUCCAACAGGUCUGAUUUUUAAUGGAGAAUUAGCUGAAGAUAGUCAAUGGCCAUGGGCAGCUGCAGUGUAUUUAAAAUAUGGAGAAAAGAGGAAUUUUCUUUGUUCUGGGACAUUAAUAAGCGGUCAGUCUGUUCUUACAGAUCAAUUCAUUCCAUUUAAUGGAACAUUCCCAAGAAACGCAGUUCAGGGUGGAUAUGAAGGAACUGUCAAGCUCUUUGUGGGACGUAAAACGAUCGAUGGAAAGCAUUUGUUAGGAAAAAUUGCGGAUACCUUGAAAAUUAUUUAUGUUCCAUACUUUGCAAAAGAGUAUGAAUUUGAGGAUGAUUUUGACAUUCUGAUUUUGAGCGAUAUUGGCUGGACUUCGUUCAAUUCAUCAAUAGACCAAAUACCAUCAGAUGCUAUAUCCAUAAAUGAAGACAAUUUGAAGACUUAUGUAGCAAGGAGAAAGAUUGACAAAGAUGUAGUUGUGGGAAAGUUUAAUCCAAUGCUAAAUUCACUUUCUGUAACUUACAAUGGAACUGAAUUUAAAUUUAGCGAUGGAAUCGAAAUAAUGACAACAAAUAAGCCACAUAAAUGGAUUCCGUUCACCGGAACGUUCCCAUCUAAUGCAGUUCAAGGUGGAUAUGAAGGAGCAGCAAAGCUUUAUGUUGGUCGAGUGAGGCAUCCAACAAAAUAUAUAAUUGGGAAAGUUGUGGACACAACAAGGACCAUUUCUGUUGGAUUUUUUGAUAAAGAAUUUAAAUAUAAAAACUCAUUUGAAAUUUUGGUUCUUGAAAAUUAA